ACGAGUCAGCCGCCCCUGCCUCCGCUACCUCAGUCGCCACCGCCUCAACCGCCACCGCGAACCGGCACGCCACCUGUUGACAAGACGGGCGUGACGUCUUCGCCGAAGCGGCCGUGUGCGACUUCCCGCAGCGGUAGCGUCUGCCCCUGCCAUGCGGACUGCACGCCGGACAAGGGGACGCCCGCCACCUCGCCGAGGCACCAGCCCCUGGAGAUGAGGGAGCCCUGGUUCCGCACCGGCAUGCCCAGGGAGACUGCUCUUGAGGUGCUGGACCACGAACCGGAGGGCGCGUUCAUGGUGCGCGAGAGCACCAGCAAGCCCGGCUGCUACGCGCUGUCGCUGCGCGUCCCCAGGGACUUCCAGCCGUCCGGCAUCGCGCACUACCUCAUCCUGCGCACCGCCAAGGGGUACAAGAUCAAGGGCUUCACGAAGGAGUUCUCGAGCCUGGCGUCGCUGAUCACGCACCACUCGGUGAUGCCCGAGCUGCUCCCCGUGCCGCUGGCCCUCAGCAGGUACCGCCCCGCGCUGGGCAAGUCCGACUCGAGCCGAGACUUCUCGGACGGCGACUGCGACCGCGACUACAACACGCUGGCCGACCUGCGGCAGAUGCUGGCCGAGCUCAAGAUGUAGCCGCCGUGGCUGCUUCGGAGCAUCUGUUCCACGUCCGUUACGACGCAGUUCUCUUCAUAUCCGCUUGUGUCCGACAGCCAAAAUCGCUAAUAUACCACGAGCUCUACCAGCUCUGGAAACCGAGAAGGAAAGAAAGAUUUUUCAGGACGUAAUCUUGAAGGUGUGAGGCUCUACAACUGCACUCUAUUGUUUUGCUGUGUCGUUUUACGAAAAUAUAGCAACGUUUGACGAUGGACGUCGGCUCUACAGAUGUGUAACUUAAUUUAUUUGACGUUGCAAAGACCAUCUGAUCAGAAUUAUCCUGAAACGUCCUAUCAGGAACAGUACCCCUUCGUUUGACAUUUUACGACGAGUAUCAUCCUAGCCCUUCAGCUCAACUAUCUAUGCAAGCAGACUUCGCACCACACUUCUAAAUCUUUUAGGAACAUUAUGCCGUAUAAACUAACGUAAGUCCAAACUAGUUACAAAAAAAAGGACUGAAAUUUUUGUUUAAAUUAUUUGUUGUUUUUGUGGCUAACUCUCGUAAAUGCUGAAGUUGAGACGCAUAGCUUCCUUCCUUUGGCACUCUGUGUACCGUGUGGGACGACACUAACCCCAGCACUCUGGAUACAGAUGUCUGCCUGCAGAUAUUUGUUAGGAUACGUAAGCUUACUGUAGACAUUGCGCCAUAGGGACCCGACUACCUUCCGUGUUACCAGGAAUUAAAAGAAAAGUAUCUGUACUGUUUGAAGCUCCAUGAUGUAUCAAAUUCUAGGAUGGCAUGAAUUCAUAUGAAUAAGGAACUCGUGUACUUUGCUCAAUCAGCGGAGAUUACGUGUCAUAUGCAUAGCGGAGAAAUGUACUAUUCCUACGCAUUUUCGUUCCAAGACUGAAUUCCCCAUCACUGGUUGGUAUCGAACACGAACCGAAGGUUGUGAGCAGUCUCGUGUGCUGUCAUCAGCGUUAUCAGAGCAACUGACACAAAUUGUAUCUCGCAAGCCUCUUGAAUCUGCAUGAACAACGGUCUGAGUGGUUAAGUUCAAUGGUUACUAACUCGAAAACGGCGCAGCGUAUAGAAAUUUUUCAUAACAAUCGUUUUUCAGCACAACAUGUCUUUCAAAUCCCUUACAACCUUUUCAGACUGUUUCUAACUACCCUGUAUGACAGCAUCUCCCGCGAGGGGCUGCGUUGAUCUUCCGAAGUUAUACGCUAGAUAGCAUUUUAAUGCGGCACGGUAAAUAGCACUGUGAGAUGUCUCCCUCUCUUCAGACAGAUUUAGCAGAUAAAUUGUUUCACGCAAAUUUCCGAUAAGCUAAUAUUUUACUGUGGAGGGGUGUCAGCGCUAAGAUUCAUCGAAGACAUUAAUUACGUCAAUCAAAAAGCGACUGAAUGUUUGCAAUUGAGUGGACAGUAACAUUAAGAUAGCAGACACGAAACUGUGUAGGCAAAGACUUGUAUUCUUUAAUAGCUGUGAAUUCUACCUUAUACAUACUUUAGGGCUUGCCAUAUGUACAUCUGCAUAGUAUAUAGCUGUGGCCCGAAUGACUGGAUGACGAAGUGGCGAAACGCCGGAAUAGUACGCAGGAGGACGACAGUUCAAAUCCUCGUCCGGCCUCCUAGAUGAAGGUUUUUCUCGGUUUCCUCUAAAUUGCCAAAGAUAUUUUCCAAGCCUCCUUGCUGUUUCCCUUCCUUUGAUUCUAAUGAUCCUCAUGUUACCGGGACGAUAGACCCUAUUCGUCUUUCCUUUCUUCUUACAGACUCAGGACUCGUUGAAGUAUAUCUGAAACGUGUGCCUGGAAGGAUAGUGGGGGAAAAUUUUAAGUUCUUGAUAUACACAGCGCAUUUCAUAUCUUACUGCUUCUCUGGCAAAGACAAUUUAUUUAUUCGGAUGGCUAGGGUCCCCCGUCGGGCAGACCGUUCGCCGGGUGCCGGUCUUUCAAUUUGACGCCACUUCGGCGACCUGCAGUCGAUGAGGAUGAGGACAGCACAACACAGAGUCCCUGGGUUGAGAGAAUUCCCCGACCCAGCCGGGAAUCGAACCCGAACAAACAGAAUAAUACGUUGGGAAACGUUAAACCUGGUAGUCGACAAUCCUAUUGACACUGAUUUCGCUAAUUCCUCCAAUUCCUUGCUUCCCAUAGUGCUGUCAUAAAAGCCAGGGGUCUGCCUCUCCUGGUCGAGCUAAAUAGCUGUUCCUCCUUCGAAACACAAAACUGUUCUCCGUUCUUUUCUUCAGAUCAUCCCAGGAAAGGAUUUACAGUAUUUAUAUGCAGUAAGGACCUCCUACCUGUAUUAUCAACUGGCACAGAGCAUUGUUCACCACUCAUUCCGUAUGACUUGCUCCACUGCAAGCUUUCUCCGAUGCCGUCACGCUUUAGAGCAGAGCCAGUAUGUGCGCAAUUUACAGCUGAAACUUCUCGCGUAGUAUUCCUGCUACUUCCCCCAGUGAAAUGCCAUUUCUAUUAACGUACGAACGCGCUGCGUGGUUCAGAAAUGCGGGUGACGUUACAUCCUGUGUUACAGGAUUCUCUUUCAAGUGUUUCUUUGGACCUCGACAAGAGAAACCCAGUACUAGUUCUCUGCAAUCGUGCUUGCAAUGUGCAGUUCAAAUCUGAUUCAUUUCGCAAAGAAAUGUUACUUUACGCAAUGCUCUUCAGCUAGCACCACCACUGUCCUUAGAAACCAGCCACCUCUUACCAGCUUUCACCCCAUGAGCUAGUUUCAAUAUCAUUGUUGUUGUUUACAAAUUGAAUGUAGUUCAGCAUACUUCUGAUCAGAAUGAAAAAUCAUCUUUUUUUUUUCUUUUUUUUUUAACCAGAAGGUAGAACAAUUUAAACAGAUACCUGAUUAACAGGUGGUUUGAAAAGUGUAUCUUCCUUCGACAAUGUUUGUUGCACUUUCAAAACAAACUAACAUUGCAAAAAGAAAAACACUAUAGGAGGAUCCAUUAAAUGAGGUCUACGGGAUAACCGUAUUCAGGGAAGAAAACUUAACUUACGUGGACAACUUCGUAUGUCAGUUCGUAAAUCAACAAGCACAGUAACUCUAUAAGCGCAGCGCUCUUUCCAUCAGUAAACAAUGUCUGUUGUUUGCAAGAAACCAUCAUAUUGCCACCCGGGCGUAGACGGAGUCGUGUACUGUUACCAUCGUGUUUGAAUGUAAUAUGAUGUGAUUAUAUGUAUUCGAAAAUAAUGUGAUAAUUUGAUGUAAUCGUGUGUGAAAUUUUUCGCGUUUGUCGUAUGACAGGGUACCCCCAUUUACUUCCCAUUCCCAUGUUUUCUUAAAAUCCACGAAAAUAACUCAUGUGUAUUCAGUGUUACUUCUUCCAUGCCGAAAACUGGCACACACAAACAACCCCAAGCUGAUAAUAUCUGUGUAUUUGUUGUUGUGAAACCGUAACUGUACAAUAUUGUGUCAUAUGUAAUGAUUGUCGUUCUUAACAAAUAUUAGCAUGUAAGAUUAAUGUGCGAUUAAUGUAUCAGCCAGUAUUAACAAUCACUUCCAGUUGACAUAAUCAGUGUGCUCUUACCAUUUGUAAUAAGGUUUCGUGUUUUCCUCCUGGAGUUUAUGUGGUUAAUGUGUUCAUACGUUUAAAAGAACUCUUGAACGACAUCUUAAAGAAAACAAUGUUACAAAAGGAAACUCAGAUUGUCAGUACGUUUGCUUUGCUAAUGUUCGUAUAACUUCUUCGCCCUGACUUGCAAGCAUGUCACAAGUACUUCAGCAGGUGCUUUUAAACAAAUCGGCAUAGUUUACUGCAAUCGCUAUUGCUUAAAUUACUAAAAAUUGGAUAUAGCGCGCAGAACAUAAUAUAUGUAACAAAAUUAUUGCGUCUCGUAACGUACUGCUUCGGAUUUUUAUUUGCAACAGUCGUGUUUUAUCGCCUUCUUCAGAGUGGAAGAUAACGAGAAGAGUAUACAAAAUUCGGUCGUCUAGAUAAAUAGAUCGGCGAUGUACAAAGUACUUCACAGGUAGUGAUUACCAAAUGUGCCGGAAGAAACGGUUCAUGGAACGCGUUACAAAAAUACGGAAAUAUUCGCGCAAGAAAGUAUAUAGAUAUAUUUUAUUUAUUUCGGAGUCGAACAGAUAGCUCUAGAAUUUAUAGCCCAAGAUCGACAAACAGGUGAACGAAAUUAUUUAACUUUUGUAUAUGACAUGAUACUGUUUGUUUAAACUUGUAAAAUGUUUGUAGCAUUGUUUAACAGAUGUAAUAAACGUAUGUUUUUGUGGA